AUGCUCAUUGAAUCUCAGCUGACGAAAGCUCUUCGCGAAAACACUGAACUACGUUCGCGUCUAACCGAGAUUCACUUGUCACAACCAAUCAGACCGGUACAACCCUCUGUCUCAGCGAAUAGCAGUUGUGUCACAUCGAUGCCGGAGAUGGAAACCACGGAUUGUUCGCAUAGUUCUGUCUCAGCUAACACGCUACGAACUCCACUCAUGACGGCGACCGUGUCGGAACCUGUGACAACCGAAAACACGUCGAAUCAAGAAGCCACAUCUGUUGGGCCCAGCACUCGUCCCGUUUCUUUACCACAAUCUGUCGUGCCGGCAUGGAUUGUGCGCGCAUCUACAAUGCAAACUGUACCCCCUACUCCAUCGGUGACCCCUCCAAAUACAACUGGAACUGGAUCAAAACAAACAGCCGAGAUCCGACCAAUCACCAGCAAUGUGGCCACUGUGAUUCCCACACCGUCGCUGCAAUCAGUUCCAACUGCCUCAUUAGCCACACCGUGUGAUUCAUUGUUUACGCCGAUCGUGCAAAUUAGUCCUUCUCAUUCGGCAACGACGCAGGAAUCGACAGGACUUGGUACAACUUCAGUCACCUCCAGCAUGCAUACAUUCAUGGAUCAGUCUAACCUGUUCCGCUCGGAUCCUGUAUCUAGUGGUUCGGUACGAAAUGCAUCCACCCGUCGUUCGAGCCAGGCAACUGGAGAAUCUCAGUCAACUGUUAUAACCACCAGUCUACCGUUUGGUUGGCUUUCUGGUCCCGCUGCCCAGAGUGGUUUGACUUCAUUUGUCAGCGCAUCUGGUAAGCGUCGCCUAGAUGAGGUGAAUACCCCAGGAGAAACAGCUGGAACUACCCACAGCCACAGUUCUGCAGAAGAGGGUGGUAUAUCUGUUGCCAUCAUCAGCACUGUUGCAUCAGUAAGUUCACCGGAUGGUGCCCGUACCUGGGAUACUCAGGCUAGUUCCAGUCACGCAACAUCGUAUGGUUUGUCUGCCCUGUUCUCUGAGGCCAAACGGCCACGUCAGACUGGAACAACCGCGCCAAUGACAACAACACAGAACAGACCGAUUUUCGGACAUUCCUUGACACCGCAAGCCACCGCUUCCCGUUUAUUUCCCCACAUCGAACAUGCCGUCACUUCAUUGGCCCCUGUGAUCCGAUCAUCUGUCUAA